AUGCACAGCAGGUACACAGUGCAGUUUGUGGAGUUUGGCUUCACAUGUGUGUGUUUGUCACUGAAGGCUUUUCUCCAGAGAAUAAGGCAGACUGCAGAAAACCAACAAUGUCUCACUCCAGAGCAGGUCAAGAUCUUGUUUUCCAACAUUGAGUUCAUUUUGGAAGUCCAUUAUGAGUUUCUUUCCACUCUGGAUGCCAGUUUGCAGCCUGAACCCCAAGCACACCAUUCUCUUGGACAUGUGUUCCUCAAGUUUAGGGACCGUUUCUCUGUGUAUGGCGAGUACUGUAGUAACCAUGAGAAAGCACUCAGACUACUGAUGGAGCUUAACAAGAUCCCUCACGUACGGACUUUCCUGCUGCACCUCAUGUUGUUAGGAGGAAAGAAGAGCACAGAUGUUCCUCUUGAGGGGUAUCUCCUCUCUCCCAUUCAGAGGAUCUGUAAAUACCCUUUGCUACUGAAGGAACUUUUGAAGAGGACUUCUAAGAAGCAUUCAGAUUACCCCGCAGUAGAGGAGGCCCUGCAGGCCAUGAAAGCCGUGUGCUGCAACAUCAACGAGACCAAGCGACAGAUGGAGAAACUAGAGGCUCUUGAGAUAUUACAGUCACACAUAGAGGGCUGGGAGGGGACGAACUUGACUGAUAUAUGCACUGAACUGUUACUCCAAGGCAACCUUUUGAAGAUAUCAGCUGGAAACAUCCAGGAACGGGUCUUCUUCCUGUUUGACAACCUCCUAGUCUACGGCAAGAGGAAGUCCCGAGUGUCUGGGAAGAAAUCCACCAAAAGGACAAAAUCCAUCAACGGGCCGCAGUACGUGUUCAGAGGCCGCAUCAACACGGAGGUCAUGGAGGUCGAGAAUGUGGAAGACGGAACUGCGGACUAUCACAGUAACAACUACACAGUGACCAAUGGCUGGAAGAUUCACAACACGGCCAAAAACAAGUGGUUUGUGUGCAUGGCCAAGAACGCUGAGGAUAAACAGAAAUGGCUAGACGCCAUUUUAAAGGAACGUGAACAGAGAGAGAGUUUGAAGCUUGGGAUGGAACGUGAUGCCUACGUCAUGAUCGCAGAGAAGGGAGAGAAGCUCUACCAUAUGAUGAUGACCAAGAGCCGCCACCUCAUCAAAGACCGCCGCAGGAAACUCACCAUUGUACCCAAGUGCUUCUUGGGAAAUGAGUUUGUCUCAUGGCUUUUGGAGAGUGGAGAGAUCAGUAAGUCUGAGGAGGGAAUCAACCUGGGUCAAGCUCUCCUGGAAAACGGCAUCAUCCAUCAUGUGUCAGACAAGCAUCAGUUCAAGAACGAGCAAGUGUUGUAUCGCUUUCGGUAUGAUGACGGCACUUAUAAAGCCAGGAGUGAAAUGGAGGACAUCAUCUCAAAGGGAGUGAGACUUUACUGUCGUCUCCACAGCCUCUUCACACCUGUUAUUAAAGACAGAGAUCAUCAUUUGAAAACCUUCAAAUCUGUCAUACCAGCUAGCAAACUGGUGGAAUGGCUUGUGUCCCAGGGUGACAGCACAACCCGUGAAGAUGCAGUGACCCUUGGUGUCGGACUCUGCAAUGCUGGUUUCAUGCACCACGUUCUGGAGAAAAGCGAAUUUAAGGACGAGUCACAGUUUUUCCGCUUCUACGCCGAUGAGGAGACGGAGGGUACGAGCUCAAAGAGUAAACAGCUUCGCAGUGACUUCAAACUCAUCGAGAACAUCCUUGCCAAAUCCUUAGUGAUCCACCCUGAAGAGGAGGACUAUGGGUUUGAGAUCGAAGAGAAGAACAAGGCCAUCGUAGUGAAGAGUGUGACCAGGGGCUCAUAUGCAGAGAUGGCAGGCCUGCAGCCGGGUAGAAAGAUCUACUCCAUUAAUGAGGACCUGGUGUUCCUAAGGCCUUUUUCUGAUGUGCAGACCAUGAUCAACCAGUCCUUCUGUAUACGCCGCUUGCUCAGACUGCUGGUGGCCACCAAGAACAAAGAGAUUGUGAAGAUCCCAGAUGUUCAUGGCACUCUUCCUUUUGUUCUCUGCGGUUCUUGUCCACCUUACGUUCAUGCAGUUAAGAAAGGCUCUGAAGCGGCAGCAGCGGGUCUUCAGCCCGGUCAGUGUGUCCUUAAAGUCAACGGCAACAACAUGAACCAGAGCAGCUACCAGGAAGUCCUGGAGCACUUUAGUGGCCAUCAGCCUGUCCUGGAGCAGCAAGACACUAGCUGUGGUCAGUGGGCGUACCGUGUGUAUGAGGAUGUGGAAGAGCAGAUGUCUUUUAGGGGGUGUGAGAAUGGCUCAGAUUCAGAGGACGGCUGCACUAAUGGAACAGGCUCUGUAAGAAGGCUGGAACAGUUGUCCAUCUCUGGCGAUGUUCCUUCAGUCAGUCUGAAUGUGGAUAAUGUUCAUGUGGAACAUGGGGUUGUGUACGAGUACGUCAGCACAGCAGGAAUCAAACACUGUGUGCUGGAGAAGAUGGUGGAACCCAAGUGCUGCUUCAACCUUGCUGCAAAGAUACUGGAGGCCUUUGUGAAGGACGACAGUCUGUUUGUGAAGAGCUGCCGACAGCUAAUGGCUCAGAAUGAGAAGGUGGUGACCAUGCCACAGUUUGAGUUUCGAAACAUCUGUGACACCAAGCUGGAGAGCAUAGAAAAACGCAUUUGCAGCUACAAACAGUUUGUGGAGGAAUUGCAGAUGAAGGCCUGGCCCACGUUUAAGCAGGCGAGCACUAAACCUCAUGUUCUGGGCUGCAUGGACUUCGUCCCCACCAACUGUCAUCUGAACCUGAUGCAGGUGUCCUGCCCGAAGAACACGUCCUCAUCAAGCCGAGCCUUCAGCAUCCGCUUCGGACGCAAGAACUCCUUCUUUGGCCUUGAUCCUGAUCAAGCCAAUUUGAAUCCCAUGUCCCAUGCCAUGCAUUGUGUGACCAGCAUGGCGGCCCCCUCCUGGAGUUGCCUGAGUUUAGAUGAAGAGACGGAGGAGGGUGAAGAGAGCAUAGAGAAUGGCAGGAAGCAUGAAGAGGGAGGUCUCAGCUUCCUCCUCAAACAGGAAGACAUGGAGAGCCAGGAUAAUUACAUCUGCCUCUAUAACCGCCUGGACAUAUCAGUGCGAGAGAUGAAGCAAUAUGUGGCCCAGAUAGAUGUACUACUGUCAUCGAUAACUGGACCAACCCCGCCGCAGGGCUCAGAGCCACCCUCGUUUGAGAGCGCCCCCUCAACCUCUCCCAUACCGGAGGAGACGGACCAAGACAAGACAGAGCAUGGCGGCAACAAGAGAGUGUGCUUCAAAGUCAACGAAGAUGAUCAGGAGGACUCUGGACAUGACACCAUGAGCUACAGAGACUCCUACAGUGAAUGUAACAGUAACCGAGACUCAGUGCUGUCAUACACCAGCGUCCGGAGCAACAGUUCUUACCUGGGCAGUGAUGAGAUGGGCUCAGGAGAUGAGUUGCCAUGUGAUAUGCAGAUUCCUUUUGACAAGCAGGAUAAACUUCAUGGAUGUCUGGAACACCUUUUCAAUCAGGUUGACUCGAUCAACAUUCUCCUGAAGGGCCCUAUCAUGAGCAAAGCCUGGGAGGAAACCAAGCAUUUCCACAACGACCACAGUCAGCCAGGUACCGCCCGGUCGGGUGUGCGUGUGCGCUAUAUUUGAAUGCUAUGUUUGGAAACUCGUUUGAGGGAUUUGUUCAGGCUAUAAUGUUCUGUAUUAUUGUGCAUUGGGUUGUAUUCAUGUUUAUUUGUAACUGUUGCAGAUGGAAGGAGUCAACUCUUGUUGGCGUUGCUUAAAUGCACUGACACAGAACUCCAGUUGCGGCGGGAUGUCAUAUUCUGCCAGUCUCUGGUGGGGGCGCUGUGUGCAUUGGCGGAGCAGCUUGUGAAUGCGCUGAACCUGCGUUUCAACAAUAACGGAGAGUAUGAGGAGGACAGUAAAGAGGUCAGCCGGAAAUGGCUGGAGCAGAUCGCCACCAUUGGAGUGCUCUUUGACUUCCAGUCAACACUUUCUCCACAUGUGAGAGAAGAGCGAAUCAUGCUGGAAGAUACAAAAGCAGCACUGCAAGAUCUGGAGAAAGUCACCGUGCUGUUCCGCCCAAUGGAGAACGAGUGCCUCGUCCCAAACACAUCUGUGCAUUACCAGGUGGAAGGCAGCCGGCAGGCCAUCAGGGUGACAAUGUUCUUGGACAGCUGUCAUUUCAGUGAGCUGCCAACAAGACUGCAGAAUGGAGGCUCUUUGAAGCUUCAAUCAGUCCUCUUCACUAGAGGGCUGGAGAAGCCAGAAGGUGUGUUGUCUCAGGAUUUUGUUGCCAUGGAAGAGUUUCAGCAGCGCACAAAUGCUCUGUCACUGGAGAAGGUCAAAGGUUAUUACCGCAAACUCAGGGCUUUUUAUCUGGAGAAAUCAAAUUCAGACUCAAAUUCCACUGCAAUGAAAAUAGACCAGCUCCUCCGGCCGCUUAACACCUUGGAUGACCUCUGUCGGCUCAUGCAGAAGUAUAUGAAUGUAAAACCCGGCUCUGCGGGUCAGCCCACUGGAGUCAGUGUUCUUGUGGUGUCCUCCGAACUCUGCAACCGGCUGGGAGCCUGUCACAUCACCAUGUGUGCCACUGGGAUGCAGAGAUGUACUCUGACUGUGUCACUGGAGCAGGCCGUUACUCUAUCCAGAAACCACGGCCUCAUGCCCCGCUGCCUAAUGCAGACCAUGGACAUCAUGCGCAAACAGGGCACCAGAGUGGAGAUUUCUGCCAAAAAUCUCAGAGUAAUGGACCAGAUGCCACCGUGUGCUCCCAGGCUCUUCAGGUUGUGUUUACCCCCCUCCGAUGGAGAUCUUUGAAUGAGGUGAUGUCUGUCUCUCAGACCUUCUAGAUGCUGGGAGAUAUCAAGACUGGCUUAUCAUUUUGAGACCAUGCCUCAACACAUCUCAACUCCCGACCAGCCUCAUCCAGAGAGGUCUGGCUGAGGUCAACACGACGAGGAAUGAGAACUGUCCGACCACUUUUAUCUCCUGCUCUGGCAGCUGAGAAAAUCGCUAAUGCUAACGAUGCUAAUCUUGGCUAGCAGUGUCUGCCCACAUUGCUACAUUGUUUGGUCUCCUAAUGGAUCUGGACUAGCAUGUGAAUGGCUAAAUCUAACUGUAAAAGGUUGUAUUAUCUCUUCCUUUCGCCUCUGACUGCAAUCUUGCGUCAGCAAGUAGGGUGGUUUGGUCUGGAUGGCGACGUUAAGUUCAGAUACGUGGUGAUUAUGUGCAAUUACUGUAGCUUAGCAUGCAUGUGUCUGCACUGUGUCAUGGGAGGUGGUGCCCUCAGAUAGCUGUUGCGAUUCUCUCACUCAUAUCAGGUAUUAUGAAAGUACAGAAAUCAUUCCAGCCUACAUGGAUCAGUUUCAAAAUCGUCAUUGUGUUUAAAAUUCGCUUGAUUCUGUUUAAAAGCACAAUUUUAUUGUGAAGUUCUAUCAACGGCGCAUUUUAAGAAUAACAGGGAAACAGUUGGAGGCUAUAAGCUUCUCAAACAAUACAAAAACAUAGGCCCGCAUACAAAAUACAAGAUUUCACUGCAAUCAGAAUGUUGAUAUUGAAGGUUGAAACCAUUAUUGAUCAACUGGGAGAAAAAAAAUGGUGUAUAGCACUUUUUAAAAAUGAAUCAGUACUGUGUUACAGUGCGUGACUGUCCUGGGGAGCUGCUUUGGGAGGCUGUUUGGAAAGGCACAAUAAAAAAUGCUUGUGUUCUUCAGUGUUUAUUAAAAGUACUGUACAUUUUAGAAGAUAAAGAAACGCAAAGGUAUCAUGUGAAGAAUCAAUAGAUAUAGUAGGAUUUUAUUGAAGUUUUGUAUUUAGGUAAAUAUAUAUGUAUGUAUCAGAGGGAUAAGCAUAUUCUCUUUGGGAACAGCAGUGCUAUAAUUUAAAGAGUAUUAAUAAUGUUAAAUCAUAUAAUAUUGUACAUCUUUCAUUUUGUAUACUUAGUGUAUAUUUGGAUAGGAAACUUUAUCGUGCUUUUACACAAUGUGUUCGAUAUUUAAUUUUCUAACUUCAGCUGUGUGGUCAGUAACCGAGAAGGCCUGGAAAUUGAACAGUGAUCCUGGAUUAGUUAAGCUAGUAUGUACACUAGUAUGUGAUGGCUUUUGUAACAUGCGAAGUCUGCAUUUCAUUUUAUAUAUAUAUAUAUAUAUAUAUAAUUAUACAGUAUAUGUUACCUUCAGUAGUCCUGACAGUUGACAGUAUUUGCUCAAAUUUGACACAAUUUUAAGGACGCAAACAAAGAUUUGAGUAAAUAAGGUCACUUUAGUGACAAUAAUGCAACAAAGCAUCGUGUCUUAAUGAAAUCUUAAUGAGACGUUCAUUGUGUUUGUAUUGUAGCUUGUAACACGUCACUGUCUGUUACAUAUCAGCAUGGAAGUUAGACGCAGCAACUUAAAACCAAUGAUAAUAUAUUUUAAACAAUACUUGAAUUUAUGCUAAUAAAUAGUGUUUUUUUUCCCCUCCUCGUAUCUAUCUAAAUUGAAGCCUAGUGUUGGUAAAAUGGCGAUUUAUUUUUAAUUGGAUUUUAAAAUUGUAUUUGGUCCUCAAAGCAAAUUGUUUUUAAACUGGAAACAAGUGUUUUUAAUCCACA